AUGAAAAAUGAAGAAAUAUGUGCUGACGAGAUUUCUAAGGUUGAAUCCACAGAACUUCAUAGUGAUAGCGGGACGGACAGCGAUAUAGCAACGCAAUUUACGCGGAAGUGUACAACUAGGAUAAUAUAUGACAGCAAAUCCAGCGACAAUAACUACCAAACAGACAGUCAGUGGACAAAAUAUGAUCCAAAAAGAAACUUAGAAAUGUUUGCCGGUAAUUCAGGUGUCAAAAUAAAUCCAAAUAACCCUCAAAGCAUAAGUGAAAUUGUCGAACUAGUCGUUGCAGAUGAUUUUAUAGAAAUGGUCACAAUUGAAGCUAACAGAUAUUAUGAUCAGAUGCACCGCAGAUAUAAAGGUGUAAGGAAAACAAAAAAGUGGUACAAUACUACAGUUUCCGAGAUGAAAAAAUUUUUCGCAUUAAAUAUUUUGAUGGGACAAAUACGUAAAACUACAAUACAUGAUUAUUGGUCAACACGUCAGUCAAUCGCUACACCUUUCUUUUCAAAAAUAAUGACAAGGCAUAGAUUCCUUCAAAUUUUGCGCCUUCUGCACUUUUCCAAUAAUAUACAAAUGGCGUCAAAUCCAAGCAGGUCAUGUAAAAUUCAACCCGUAAUAGAUUACCUUUUAAAUAAAUUUAGCACCGUAUACAAACCCGAACAGGACCUUUCUUUAGAUGAAGCUAUGAUACCAUAUUGUGGAAGAUUGUCCUUUAGAGUUUAUAAUCCGAGCAAAAUAACGAAGUAUGGAAUACUAGUUAGAAUGUUAUCUGAGUAUAAUACAUUAGCUGAAAACUUAUUGACGAAGAAAAUUCGUAUUUGCGGUACUGUACGUAAGAAUAGAGAUUUUCCAAAGGAUCUAAAUGAUGUCCAAUUGAAAAGAGAUGAAUUUGAUUUUCGGCGCAAAGAAGAAUGGAUUGCUUCUGAUACUGAACAUCAUGAUCUCGAAAAUUUACCUAGCACUAGCUCAAAAGCAGUGGGUCGAGCACCGCACUUUGACCCUCCUUACAGACUUUCAGGAGGCAUGAGAACUCAUCAGCUAGAAAGAAUUGCACGAACUGGGAAAGCAAAAUACCCACAAAAGCGUUGUAAAGUUUGCAAAACUCAUGGAAAACGAC